AUGUUAACUAGCACUGUUACGGAUACUGUAUUUAACUUUGUGGAUAAAUUUGUUCCUCAAUGGUUUGAGAAAAACAACAAAGAACCACUGAUAAUUUACAUUUCAGGACCCCAGGGAUCAGGUAAAACGUAUACCACUACAAAAUUGUAUGAACAUUUGCUAAAAAAGUAUGGUUACUCACAUUCCAUUGCACAUAUGUCAUUAGAUGAUUUUUACUUAACACAUGAUGACCAAUUAAAAAUUAACAAACAAUAUUCUCAUAAUAAGUUGUUACAAGGGCGUGGGUUACCAGGUACUCAUGAUAUACCAUUAUUAAAUCAAGUUUUACAAAACAUCUUACAAAGUAGAAAUGAUGAAAACGAUGCUGACUACAUAUCCAUACCUAGAUACGAUAAAUCUAAGUAUAAUGGUGAAGGAGACAGGAGUGAUAUUGUUGUACAAUGUAAAACCCCUGUUGAUAUCUGUAUUAUUGAAGGUUGGUUUCUCGGAUUUACUCCAUUAUUAUCUACAGACGACGAAGACUUAUUAUUAAACGGUGACAUGAUAGAUAUAAAUGCCAAACUAUUUACAUAUAGUGACUUAUUAUGGAAUAAUCCUGAGAUCAAUUCUUUAGGGAUUGUCUUUGCAACAAACGAUAUAUCAAAUGUAUAUGAAUGGAGAAAACAACAAGAACAUGCGACUAUAAAAGAGAAAGGAAAUGGCAUGACUGAUGAACAAGUAAUAAAAUUUGUGGAUCGUUACAUGCCUUGUUAUAAACUAUAUUAUGACAAUUUCGUUCAUGGAGAGAGACUAGGGUCUGUUGCAACUUUGACAUUAGGAAUUGAUAUUAAUCGUAACUUACAUUACACAAAGACCCGUUGCAUUGAAUAA